AAACAACCUAUAGCCAGGUCUUUGAUUGAGGCACUGUUAGUACUACAGCCGACUCUGGGCGGACAGCUCUUUUUGUUCGUUACCGAAUUGACUGCAGGACGGUAUGGAUUAUUACGUGUGAAUAGAUACCAAAAAACUGCGCCGUGAUGUGACAUUGUCAUAUUGUCUGCCUACGCCGACCCUGGAGUAUUUGGGCUGUUAUAUCUGACCGAGGGAUAUCGUGUUGUUGUGUGAUAGUCGAUAUGCUUGUUACUGAAACAGGAUUUCACCACCUUUAUUAAUUGAUCCGUGCCAAAAUGGAUUACUCACUUUCAUCGUUUUACGGGCUGUAUAUUUGAAAAUCGUUACAUAGUAUAUGUAAAUACAGGUAAUAUACACCUAUAUAAACCAGUAUACGUUAUCAUAUAGGUGUACCUGUGCGGAGGCGACGUUUACAAAUACGUAUAUAUAUAUAUAUAAUGAGUACACAUACAGGUUUAAGGCUGAGCCAUUCACCAGGUACGGCCGAAGUCACAUGUGCGCAAGUCUUGACUAAAGGUAUGGAGCUAGACAGGAGAGAAUCAGUACUAGUGUCACAGCUCUCAGCAUGAAGUUAAGACAGAGGGCAGUUAUCUCCGGCGUAGGUUUAACAGUGUUAACUUUAUUUUACGUGUUUGUGGAGACUAUUUAUAAUGUUAAUCCUGAAAAACUACCUGUCUUUUUAAAGAACUCUAUGGCGAAAGCCGGAAACGAAUAUGACGGUUCGCACAUCUCUGCAAUUAGAAAGCGGCUAGAUAAGAGUAACUAUACAAGUGAUGACUUCAGUCCCGAGGGAGGGGGCGAUAAAGCGCCAGGGGUAAAGAAAAAUAAUUUGCAUUCAUCUUCUGAUGAUCGUCGAUCAAGAAAAGAUGGAGUUGAGAGUUGGGUUGUGUCACCUCUUCUGUUGAGAAUUAACGAGACCGACUCGGAGGUGGAUAUGCUAUUAGACAAACUUCAAAAUUUUGACAGACGCAAAUUCGAUUUUACGAAAUUAAAAACUAUACCAUACUAUGAUUAUCUAAAAACACUCAGAAAACGGAUUAAACGGAAAGGAACUAGCCUGGACGCUUUUAGGACUUUUAUAGGGUCCCUAACGACGAGUUGGGAGAGGUUCCACAAGGGUAUCCAUCAGUACCAUCUGUAUAACCCAGACGAGUCCACCGUCGACGAUCUACUAAAGGAUGUCACCCAGGAGCCUAUCGUCGACGUCGAAUUGAAAGAGGGUGGGACACAACUGAAGCUGAUUAUAACAUUCAGUGAUGAAGGACAGGCAUUGUUCAAACCUAUGAGGUACCCCCGGGAACAAGAGACGCUUCCAAACCAUUUCUACUUCAGUGACUAUGAACGCCAUAACGCAGAAGUAGCCGCAUUUCAUCUUGACAGAGUUCUGGGGUUCUACCGAGUUCCACCAACCGCUGGUCGAAUAGUCAAUAUGACUCGAGAUAUAAAGCGUCUAGCAGACCAUAAACUAGCCAAAACUUUUUUCAUAUCUCCAGCCAACAAUCUCUGUUUCCAUGGGAGCUGCUCGUACUAUUGCGACACAAGCCACGCGAUUUGUGGUACCCCGGAUGUACUCGAAACGUCAAUGGCGGCCUUCCUUCCGCCAGAUAAGAUAGCAGCUCGCAAAACAUGGCGGAACCCAUGGAAACGGUCAUACAGCAAACAUCGCAAGGCCUACUGGGAAGUGUACGAUGAUUUGUGCGAUAAGGUGAAAUUGAAGUCCCCAUAUAACACAGGUCGCCGGCUACUAGAUCUCAUGGAUACACAUAUAUUUGACUUCUUAACAGGAAAUAUGGAUAGACAUCACUAUGAAACGUUCAAAGAUUUUGGCAAUGACACUUUCCAUCUUCACCUUGAUAACGGACGAUCGUUUGGAAAAUGGCGACAAGAUGAAAUGAGCAUCCUUGCCCCAGUAUUCCAGUGUUGUAAAAUCCGGUAUUCCACCUUCAUGAAGCUUGCUAAAUUCUACAUAGGUCCAGAUAAACUGUCGUCCUUACUGAAAGCCUCAACAUCACGUGACAGAAUAUUUCCGGUCCUCAUCGAGAACCACCUGCUCGCUCUGGAUAGACGUGUCAUGAAAAUUCUAAAGGAGAUAAGCAUAUGUAUUGAAAACGGAAAUGACAUCAUGGAUGUUAUAGGAGACGACCAUUUCUGAUGGAAUCACAAUAAUUCAAGACUACUGGAGAUUUAUUCGUUACGGAUGAGGUUAUGUAGUAGGAAUAUUGUGAUUAUUAUUUGAAAAUAGGUGGAAUUAUCCAAUGGCGGAAUAUACGACAUUCCUACAUGUUUUACAUCAAAGGGGAGGAAUUGUAGUUUAAUUAAAUUACAAUCGAAACACCUCGGAAGCUGUCGGAGAGCGAGUGUUUUUGGCUUUUUUCUGAAUCUGCCGAAGUUUAUUUGGGUCAUGUCCCUGUCGGAGAUUAUAUGACAUUCGCUUUAUAACAAGAUGAGUUACAGGAAUGUGUUACAUUGUAGAGUAUAUGUUCAAAUCUGGGUCAAUGAUCACAACGCAGAUUUAGGGAUGACUGCAGGCUGACAGCAUACCGUGAAAGCUUUACAGACAUAGCUAAGCUAGCUCUAACAUGUCGCGCCGAAUGAUCUUAUGUGGCAGAGAUCACGGUAAUUGAUUGGUAGAAUAUGACAGAAUACUGCAUAAUUUUGGUGACAACUGGUCCACAACCUAAUUAUAAUUCUGACAAAGCUCGUAGAAAUAACGGUUUUUGCGGGAAAAAAUUGAUUAUUUACAUUGAGUAGUAAGUGAACAAUAAAAAACGAACUACAAUGAACUUGACUGAAGCAUUCCAACAGGUGAUUACAGAGAUGCCAUUUCAGUGUAGAAAGAAAUGAGUUUGGUCAUAUUGUUUCAUCAAACAGAGCAUACUGUAAAAUAGGCAAUAACAGUUUGGUGACUUUAGUGUAUUUAUCAAUGUUUUGACACAAUUGUUAGAUUUAGUUUUAAAGUAUGUCUGCAUUUUUAAGUCUGCAAUCAAUCCCAUUUAAUACGUCUUCGAGAUUUUGAAAGGAGUAUUGAACAAAUUUAAUUGAACCACUAUUACUACUAGGCGUCGCCAUAAUUUUAGCUUAGAUCAAACCCAGAACUAAAAUAUUAAUCGUGAAAUAUUUCAAAUAUUUUAAUAGUAAUAUAAUUUCUUCCAACGCGAUUAUGAUUAUUGUAUGAUAAAGAUAAAGAUAAUCGUCUGAUAAACAAUUAUGAUAAUCAUAUGACAAACAAUAAUGAUGAUCCUGUGAUAUACGACGAUGAUAAGAAAUGAUAGUUUCAGUUGAUAAGGCGUGGACGGUUACAAUAAUAUAUUUUUUUCUAUACUACCCGUUAUUCGAUUUUUAUUAUAAGUUGCAACAAAUUUCGCGAAAAAAUAUUUGGUACAUGUAUAACAGUGCCUUAAAUGGAAUGUACCAUUCUGGUUCUGGUCGACACAGUGCAAUUAUAAUAACAUUAAUUCAUAUGUGAUUCGUUCAUUUUAGAUAGUUGUUGUAACAAAGUGAUGAUGUCACACGCGUGAUCGCAUUGUCAAUUAUUUCAGCAUACUUAUAUCGUUACAAAUUUUGAACUAUGACUAAGAGAAGACAUGUUAAAUGGUAUAGUUUCCAGUGGUAGUCGCGGUAUGCUCACAUAUAUUGCCAUUGUCACUCUCAUAACAGCAUAUCCGAUAAUACAUUUAUGUAGUAUACACAAUGAUUACAUUGGUUUUAAUGAGUUUGUAUAAAGAACAAACAUCCCAAGAUUGUCUUUUUACGAUUUUCAAAACAGUAGUUCAUAAUUAUUUACGAUUACACAAAGAGGGAUUCAAUUAAGAAUUAGUUUUUAAUUGUUUAUGUCGUUAGUUCAUUGUUUUAAUAAAAUUAGAUGAAAUGAUGAUUUAGAAUUCGACGUAGAGUGUCCCACCACGUUUUGAAACUAUACCUCAGUUAAAAUGUUUAAAAUCAAAUCCUAACAACAGAGCCAUGCUCUCUUUUGUGGAAAUACAAUACAUACAUUUCGUUGUUUAUAAACUCUUUGUUAUAGUUACAGUAACUGGGAAGAAACUCCAAAUUAGAAAAAAUAAUGCCUGACAAAUGAGACCUCUUCUUGCGUGACACACUUGCUUAUUAGAAUCAAUAUGAAAGCAUUGCUAUUUUCUGGAUUCUGUAAUACUUACGGAUGACUGAAGCCACGACUAACAUAAUAUCAUUGUAUAAAAUCAUAUUAUUGCUAUUCUACAUUCCAAAAAGACCAAAUAUGUAUAUGACACGCUGCUGUAUCAUAACAAUUAUAACUCAUUACGUGCUUACUCGUUACCAGUGCGAUAUUGUAAAACAUAUGUUCUGAUAUUAUUAGUUUGUAUUUAUACCGUUUUAAAUACGCACAUCCUUUAAUGACAUUAUUUUAGCCUUCCGCCUUUAAUAUAAAUAUUAUAAAAAAUAGUUUUACUGUAGUAUACCAUUAUAUAUACAAUAAAUCUAUAUUGUAAAACACUAAGUGUUUACUUCAGCUUAACAGAACAAAUCAUGGUGUUCCUGGAAUCUCAAAAUAUGUCAAUAUUCUUUUAUUAGGAAGACAAUUUCUGAUCUGUUACAUGAUUAUUUCAAAUGUGUUUUGAUAAGUAUUUGUCAAGUAUUUUUUCACUGAUAUUCUGUCAUAUCAUCAGUGUGAGAUUUAUUCGUUUUGUGUUUACCAUGCCUACUGUAUAUCUACAGUACGGUAUUAUCUCUUUACUAUACCUACUGUAUGUCUACAGCUCGGUAUCAUCUCUUUACCAUGCCUACUGUAUAUCUAUUGUACGGUAUUAUCUCUUUACCAUGCCUACUGUAUGUCUACAGCUCGGUAUCAUCUCUUUACCAUGCCUACUGUAUAUCUACAGUACGGUAUCAUCUCUUUACCAUGCCUACUGUAUAUCUACAGUAUGGUAUUAUCUCUUUACCAUGCCUACUGUAUAUCUACAGUACGGUAUUAUCUCUUUACCAUGCCUACUGUAUGUCUACAGCUCGGUAUCAUCUCUUUACCAUGCCUACUGUAUGUCUACAGCUCGGUAUCAUCUCUUUACCAUGCCUACUGUAUGUCUACAGCUCGGUAUCAUCUCUUUACCAUGCCUACUGUAUGUCUACAGCUCGGUAUCAUCUCUUUACCAUGCCUACUGUAUGUCUAUAGUACGGUAUAUCUACGGUAUAUCUACAGUACGGUAUAUCAACGGUAUAUCUACACUACGGUAUAUCAACGGUAUAUCUACACUACGGUAUAUCUACAGUACGUUAUAUCUACACUACGGUAUAUCUACACUACGGUAUAUCUACACUACGGUAUAUCUACACUACGGUAUACACUACGGUAUAUCUACACUACGGUAUAUCUACAGUGCGGUAUAUCUACACUACGGUAUAUCUACACUACGGUAUAUCUACACUACGGUAUACCUACACUACGGUAUAUCUACAGUAUGGUAUAUCUACAUUACGGUAUACACUACGGUAUAUCAGCACUACGGUAUAUCUACAGUACGGUAUAUCUACGGUAUAUCUACAGAACGGUAUAUCUACACUACGGUAUAUCUACGGUAUAUCUACAAUACGGUAUAUCUACAGUACGGUAUAUCUAUAGUACGGUAUAUCUACGGUAUAUUUACAGUUCGGUAUAUCUACACUACGGUAUAUCUACGGAUAUCUACAGUACGGUAUAUCUACAGUACGGUAUAUCUACGGUAUAUCUACAGUACGGUAUAUCUACACUACGGUAUAUCUACAGUACGGUAUAUCUACAGUACGGUAUAUCUACACUACGGUAUAUCUAUACUACGGUAUAUCUACACUACGGUAUACCUACAUUACGGUAUAUCUACAGUAUAGUAUAUCUACAGUACGGUAUAUCUACAGUACGGAAUAUCUACACUACGGUAUAUCUACACUACGGUAUAUCUACAUUACGGUAUAUCUACACUACGGUAUAUCUACAGUAUGGUAUAUCUACAUUACGGUAUAUCUACAUUACGGUAUACACUACGGUAUAUCUACACUACGGUAUAUCUACACAACGGUAUACCUACACUACGGUAUAUCUACAUUACGGUAUAUCUACACUACGGUAUAUCUACAGUACGGUAUAUCUACACUACGGUAUAUCUACACUACGGUAUAUCUACAUUACGGUAUAUCUACACUACGGUAUAUCUACAUUACGGUAUAUCUACAUUACGGUAUAUCUACACUACGGUAUACCUACAUUACGGUAUAUCUACAGUAUAGUAUAUCUACACUACGGUAUAUCUACAUUACGGUAUAUCUACAGUAUAGUAUAUUUACACUACGGUAUAUCUACACUACGGUAUAUCUACAGAACGGUAUAACCACACUACGGUAUAUCUACAGUAUAGUAUAUUUACACUACGGUAUAUCUACACUACGGUAUAUCUACAGAAUGGUAUAACCACACUACGGUAUAUCUACAGUAUAGUAUAUCUACACUACGGUAUAUCUACAUUACGGCAUAUCUACACUACUUUAUCAUGUCUUUACCAUCGAUGUCUAUAUAUUACAUUCCAACUAUUGUUCACGCGGUUUGUAUUUAUUAUAUAAUAUUUACAUGUGCACGCAUGAAAAAUGAUUAUUGUGGUUUCAUAUGAAGGUUAUGAUAUGGUAUUUGAAAUAGGUGAACAUAUUAUAUAACAAUUUCGUGCGUAACCUUUGGGCAGUUUUACAUUGACAAUGUUUAGUUGGAAAUCUAAAGAAACAGCUCAAAACAUAAUCAGAGAGAACAAUAUUUAUACAUAUCCCUGUGUCUCCUAGUCUAACAUGCAUUUUUCACAUAAGUUCAUGUUUUUGACAAUAGAUGUUUUAAUACAUAUCUAAGUCAAUUCGACCAGAAUGAAGUAAGCAUAACUUGAAGCAUAUUUCUUACGUUUUAUGUAUUGGUGAUAAUGUAUUGUACAUAUUUGUAUGCGGAACUGCUAACAAUAUUUUAAAAUGAAAUAGUUUUGAGCCCAAAGGUUUGCUUUGGUCGAAUUGUCUCUAUAUUCUGAGGUCAUUUGUACGUGAGCGUGGAUGAUUUUGUUUGUAGUCAUAUUUUUUAAAAUGGAGAUUAUGGUGUAAUUUCGCAUGUAUCGUGAUGAGUAAUUUAAGUGUCAAAAGAACGAUAAUUUAUAGAUAUCGUGGUCCCUGGGGAAACACAUGUAGAAAACAUGUAUGGUGCUAUUGAUAAUAUAAAGAUUUAAUCUUCGUCCAACCUGCACACGCAUAUCUCGUGUUUAUCUACUGUUAUUUCAGACAUUGCCUUCAAUUUUAAAUUGACAUGAAUAAACGAUAAACGUUUCCAGGAAAGCAAGCACAACCACAACAGUUUGUAAUUAGUUAUUUCACAUUUCCAUCAUAGAAACCUUUUCAAAAAACAAACAUAAUUAUAAGGGGAACUAGAUAUAUUGCGCUUCCCACAUUAUCAUGACACAAGCAAUUAAAACAUUUGAACUGUGUACAUAUGGGAUUAUAUUUUGUAUAAUGAAUGAGUAUCAGAAACACUGCCGUGUGAAUGUCUAACAAAAAGUGUGUGUAUAUAAUGUGUGAGCAAUACGCUACGUGCAAUCAUGUGUGCAUGUGUGAAACCAAAAGUACAUAUGUGUGUACGUUUUAGUAAGUGUGAGAAGCAUACAUAAUUCAUGUCUUUGUCAAACAGUGCUAUUGUCGAGAAUUCCAAAUAAACUAUAGUUUUCUUUA